AUGUAUUGAGUAUAAAAGAAGACGACAUAGAAGUACCAAGUAGUGUAAGUGACAAUAUAUCUGAGGAUGCAGAUGACACACAACCAGAUGAUAUGCAAGACACGAUCUCGAGAGAGAUGCUGGAUAUGGCCACAGAGACAGCUGAUAGUGUACCUACGUUGGACGUGCCUGUGGUGUACACGGGUUCUCAAUUAGCACAAACUGUGGACGACCUGAAUAGGGAACAGAAGCUCUACAGACAGUAUGUUAUACUCGACGGUGUUGGAUUAGAUGAUGUUGUUAAGAUCAGAUGA